ACAAGAACAGCUUAUUUGUAGAAGCUGUCCCUGCUGGUUCAGUGACAACACAGACUGCCUAAAAAACUUUGGGAGAAAAUAUUCUUUCUUCAAGAAAGCACCCCCUGCAAUACUUGCUGUUUGGAUUUCCAGUUUGAAUAGUUUCUGCAUACAUUCUAGCCAAUGAAAUUAAUGAGUGGACAGUUUUUGUCACUGAUAGAGGACUAAGUCCCUCUACUUAAGCACAAAAGGCUUUUGACCUGGCAUGCCAAUGAUGAAUUUACCAGCAAAGAGGUUGUUCUUGCCAUAUUCUGUUGUAAUACUAGUGUUGUUGUCUUGUGGCUGUGCCCAAGAUGCCACUGAAGAAGAUGAACAAGGCACAGAUGUAAUACCAGAAGGGGCAUCUACUCUGGCAUUUGUUUUCGAUGUGACUGGCUCCAUGUAUGAUGAUCUGGUGCAGGUUAUUGAAGGCGCUUCCAAAAUCCUGGAGACUUCCUUAAACAGGCCCAAGAAACCUCUGUAUAAUUUUGCUUUGGUUCCAUUUCAUGAUCCAGAAAUUGGCCCUGUGACAAUCACCACAGACACCAAAAAGUUUCAGAAUGAACUCAGGGAACUUUAUGUACAGGGAGGUGGGGAUUGCCCUGAGAUGAGCAUUGGUGCAAUUAAGAUUGCUCUGGAAAUAUCUCUUCCUGGUUCCUUCAUCUAUGUCUUCACUGAUGCACGAUCCAAGGAUUACAGACUCACUCAUGAGGUGUUACAGCUCAUUCAACAGAAACAGUCCCAGGUUGUAUUUGUCCUUACUGGUGACUGUGAUGACAGGAGCCAUAUUGGCUACAAGGUUUAUGAAGAGAUAGCUUCAACGAGUUCAGGCCAGGUUUUCCACUUGGACAAGAAGCAAGUCAAUGAGGUACUAAAAUGGGUAGAAGAAGCAGUCCAAGCAUCAAAAGUGCACCUGUUGUCCACUGACCACAUUACUCAAGCUGAGAAUACCUGGAAAAUUCCGUUUGACCCAAGCCUUAAAGAAGUUACGGUGGCACUUAGUGGCCUUAAACCAGUGAUUGAAAUUCGGGAUCCAUCAGGAAAACUAAUAAAUAAAGGAGCAGGUCUUAACGAACUUUUGAAUAUUCCAAACUCUGCCAGGGUUGUGAAUGUCAAGGACCCAGAGCCAGGCAUGUGGACCAUCAAGGCUUCAAGUAAUGGAAGACACUCAGUCCGAAUUACUGGCCUUAGCACCAUUGAUUUCAGAGCAGCUUUUGCAAGAAACCCAACACUUGAAUUAAAAAAGACAUCCAAUCGUCCGGUACAAGGAAUCCCAACCUUUGUUCUAUUAAAUACAACAGGAUUGUCCCAUCCUGGUCGAGUAGAUCAUCUUAAUCUAUUGAGUAUUUCAGGGAACCUUCUUAAAAGCAUUCCUGUAGAUUACUAUCCUGAGCGGAAACCAUAUGGGAUCUGGAAUGUGACAGAAUUUAUCCCACCACAUGAAGCAUUCUUCCUGAAAGUGACUGGCUAUGACAAGAAUGAUUAUCUCUUCCAAAGAGUUUCUGCUGUUUCAUUCUCCAGCAUUGUGCCAGAUGCACCAGAGGUAACAAUGCCUGCAACAACUCCAGGAUUCUACCUGCAGACUGCAUAUAUAACCUGCUCUGUAGAAAGCCUUAUUCCUUUUACUCUGCGUUUUAGCAGAGAUGGAGUUAGACUGGGAACAGAUCACUUUUUCAGGGAGUCUGACAGUGCACAGUGGGAAAUAGGACGUGUUUCCAUCUCUGAUGAGGGAUUCUAUGAGUGCAUUGCUAUUAACAGUGCUGGAACAGGGCGGGCUCAGACCUUCCUGGAUGUAUCAGAACCCCCACCAACUAUCCAGGUGCCUAAUAACGUGACUGUCACACCAGGAGACAAAGCCAUCCUCACCUGCCUCACCAUGAGCACUGUACGUUACAACCUUACCUGGCAGAGGAAUGGUGCAGACUUGAAGCAGACAGGACCAUUCCGAUUUCGAGUCAUGAGUAAUCUGUCUUUGGAGAUUAAAAAUGUCCAACCCCUGGAUGCAGGAGAAUACAAGUGCAUUGCUGCUAAUGAAGGUGGAAGCUCUGUUGCAUCAGUCUUUCUUACAGUGCAAGAACCUCCAGUGGUUACAGUUUCGCCUACUCAGCAGACUUUCACUGUAGGAAGUGAGGUGUGGAUUAAGUGUUCUGCCACUGGCUAUCCAAAACCCCAUAUUGUCUGGACACAUAAUGACAUGUUCAUCACAGGAUCUAACAGGUAUAGGCUUACUCCAUCAGGCACAUUGAUUAUUCGGAAUGCUGCCCUCAAAGAUUCAGGCAUCUAUGGCUGUUUGGCAAGUAAUGCUGCUGGAACAGAUAAACAAAACUCUAUCCUCACAUAUAUAGAGGCCCCAAAGGUGACAGUGGUACAGAGAGAAAUGUUAAGUGGGCCUGGAGACAACACUAUCAUGGAAUGUAAAACAACUGGCAUUCCAAAUCCUCAAGUCCGGUGGUUCAAAGGUGACCUUGAAUUACAAGCCUCAGAUUUUCUCAAGAUUGAUUUACAACACGGUACCCUAGAAAUCCAGGGUACACAAGAUCUGGAUGCUGGAGAAUAUAGCUGUGUGGCCAUCAAUGAAGCAGGGAGGGCAAGUGGCAAGAUAACUCUGGAGGUUGGCUCUGCCCCUGUCUUCACCCAGGAGCCUGUUGAUGUAUCCAUUGACAUUGGUGCAAAUGUGACACUCCCAUGCCAUGCUCAGGGAUACCCUGAGCCACGGAUUAAAUGGCAACGCUUGGAUGAUACUCCGCUGUUUGGCCGAUCCUUUUCCAUGAGUUCCAUUUCUCAACAGAGAACAGGAAACCUCCUAAUCAACAAUCUUGGUGUAGAAGAUGAAGCUACUUAUAUCUGUGAAGCUCAGAACCAGUUUGGAAAGAUUCAGUCCCAAGCCGCAGUAACAGUGACUGGCCUUGUUUCCCCUCUGCUUGGUGUCAGCCCUGCAGUACUCAGUGUGAUUGAAGGAAAUCCGAUAACAUUACCUUGUGUCCUGUUGGCUGGAAACCCGCUACCAACACGGAACUGGAUAAGGAACAAUAUUGUGCUGGUCUCCAGUCCGUACAUCACUAUACGAAAAGAUGGAAGUCUGCACAUUGAACAUGUCCGCCUUCAAGAUGGAGGGCAAUACAUCUGUACAGCCAACAAUGUGGCAGGGACUAGCAACAGGACCACAACAGUCAAUGUAUUUGUUUUGCCUACUAUUCAGUAUGGCCCUCAGAUAUUUAGCACAGUUGAAGGAGUUUCAAUAACUUUAUCCUGCAAAGCAAAUGGAGUUCCAAGACCUACAAUUGCUUGGUCUAAGAAUGGUGAGUUAAUGAGCCCCAUCAAGGAUACUUUUGAGAUGCUGGCAGAUGGAAGCUUAUACAUAGUUUCACCAAGUGGUGACGACACUGCAGAAUAUGUGUGCACUGCUACAAAUUCUGCAGGUCAUGCUACACGCAAAGUUCAACUAACCGUUUAUGUGAAACCAAAGCUUUCCAGUGGCCAUCCAGGAAGUGUUACAGGCUCAGAGGCUGAACUUGUGGAAAUUUCAGUGAUUGCAGGAGAAGAUGUUACAUUGCCUUGCGAGGUGAAAAGUUUCCCUCCACCAAUAAUUACUUGGGCCAAGAACAUGCAGCUUAUCUCUCCUUUUUCUCAGAGACAUACCUUUCUUCCUUCUGGUUCACUGAAGAUAACAGCAUCCAGAGUAUCGGACAGUGGAAUAUAUAUGUGUGUCGCUACAAACAUUGCUGGAAAUAUUACACAAUCUGCUAAAUUAAACGUGCAUGUUGCACCUAAAAUUCGACCUGCUCCUCGUGUUCACAGAGUCCGUGUUGGAUAUCGUAUUGAGAUUCCUUGCAUUGCUGAUGGCACACCUCCUCCACUUAUAAACUGGCUAAAGGAUAAUGCCACCUUGCUGAUUGAUGGACAUCACUACAGUCUCAGGCCUGAUGGAACCCUGGCUAUUGAUCAAGUGCGUCUCACUGACACUGGUAUCUAUACCUGUGUUGCCAGCAAUGUUGCUGGACAAGAUAAAUCAGAUGUAGAUUUGAAAAUUCAAGAGCCACCUAGCAUAGAGGAAGUGGCACCUCCAUACAACACUCCAUUCCAAGAGAGAGUGGCCAAUCAGCGCAUGGUCUUUCCUUGUCCUGUGAAAGGUACGCCCAAGCCUGUCAUUAAGUGGCUGAGAAAUGGUCAGGAGCUUAAGGGUGAUGAAGAAGGUGUUUCAAUCAUGGAUGAUGGAGCUUUGCUUGCUAUUACCUCCCUGACACCUCUUGAUGAUGGCGAGUAUGUCUGUGAAGCAGUCAACGAAGCAGGAAAGACAGAAAGGCAGUACCAGCUGAAGGUGCAUGUUCCACCAGAAAUCAAAGACAGUGACAAUCCAGCUAAUGUGUCUGCUGUUGUGGGCCAAACUGCAAGUUUCUUCUGUGAUGUAACUGGAACCCCCUCUCCUAUCAUCACCUGGUACAGGGAUGACACACCUAUCACCGGAGGCAGCACACUACAGAUUUCUCAGAAAGGCAAGCUUCUAAAAGUGCUCAAGACUACUGCAGAAGACAGUGGUCAAUACACCUGCCGAGCGAUUAACGUAGCUGGAAGUUCAGAGAAAAUGUACAACUUGGAUGUCGUAGUUCCUCCCAGGAUUAUCGGCGGCCCAAGUGAAGUGUCAGUUCUCUUGAAUCAAGAAGUCCACCUGGAAUGCAAAGCUGAAGGAGUUCCUUUCCCUGACAUUCAGUGGUCCAAAGAAAGAUAUCCUAUACCUAGUGACUUUAAUAUGGAAGUCCUGGAUAAAGGUCAAAGUCUUCAUAUAAAGAAUGCCCAUCUUGGUGACCGAGGGCUGUAUCAGUGUACUGCUGUCAACAGUGCAGGAAAGCAAUCCAAGCAAUUCACAGUUUCUGUCUAUGAACCACCAAGCAUCAAAGGAAGCAAUAUCAGCACACCAAUGUCUGCUUUGCUGAGCAGUGCUGUAACUUUGGAGUGUGAGGCGAGAGGGGUUCCUUUGCCUGCUAUUACCUGGUAUAAGGAUGGCAGCCCAAUCAUUUCUAACCCACAAGCACUGUACAUUGACAGAGGACAGUUCCUUCGGAUUCCUCAUGUCCGAGUCAGUGAUGCUGGCCGCUAUACUUGCCGUGUAACUAGUAUUGCUGGUACUGCUGAGAAACCAUAUGAACUGGAUGUUCAUGUGCCUCCCAAUAUUGAUGGAAGCUCUGACACUCCACAGCAAACAAAUGUCAUUACAAGCAAUUCGCUGACCCUGGAGUGUGAAGCUGGGGGACAUCCACCACCUGUUCUCACUUGGCUUAAGGAUGGUGUGCCUCUGAAAGGCAAUGACAAUAUACAAAUGCUGUUUGGUGGAAGAAAGCUCGAAAUCAAAAAUACCAUGGAAUCAGAUGCUGGCCAGUAUGUCUGUGUGGCUACUAGUGUGGCUGGUGAAAAUCAGAUCGUAUACAAUGUUGGUAUUUUAGUACCUCCCAGUUUGGAUGGUGGUGAUGAGACAACUGACCACACUACAAUUCAGAACAGCCCACUGGAGCUGGAAUGCCAUGCCACUGGAACACCUUUACCUCUAAUCACAUGGUUGAAAAAUGGGCAACCUGUGAGACAAGGAGACGGUGUUAAGAUUUUAUCCAGUGGCCAGAAGCUGUUGAUCUUGCGAGCUCAAGUCUCGGAUACUGGGCGCUAUCAAUGUGUUGCCACAAAUGAAGCUGGAGAUGAUGAAAAAACUUUUGAUGUUGCUGUUCAUGUUCAUCCAUCAAUUAAAUCUAUGGGGCCUUCAGAAAGAUCAGUAGUGAUUCACAAACCCAUCACUUUGCAGUGCAUUGCAAAUGGCAUCCCGAUUCCUACCAUCACUUGGCUGAAAGAUGGACACCCUGUAAAUAUAGCCAAAGCAAAUAUCAAACUUGAAUCUGCAGGGCGUAUAUUACAGAUUAUAGAGGCAGUGUUGGAAAAUGCUGGCAGAUACACCUGUGUAGCAACCAAUGCAGCAGGCGAGGCCAAGCAGCACCUUCUACUCCAUGUGCACGAACCUCCCAGAAUUGAGGGGACGGAUGAGAUUCUGAAUGAAACUGUGAUAAUUAAUAAUCCUGUCCAAUUUGAGUGUCUGGCAUUUGGGAAACCCUUACCAGCACUUACUUGGUAUAAGAGCAACCGUCCACUUACAACAGCUGCAGGAGUCACAGUACUGAAUCGUGGACAGAUUCUGCAGCUUGACAGUGCACAGGUCUCUGAUAUGGGUACAUAUAAAUGCAGAGCGAUCAAUGUUGCUGGAACUGACGAACGAUUCUACAACCUACAGGUUUAUGUUCCUCCAUCCAUUUCCGGAAGCAGUGAGACAGUAGCUGUGGUUGUUAAUGAUCCUGUACGACUGGAAUGUGAAGCUCGUGGGAUCCCAGCUCCCAGCCUAACUUGGCUUAAGGAUGGUAGCCCAGUUUCAAGCUUCUCAGAUGGACUUCAGAUACUCUCUGGGGGUCGAAUACUUUUCUUAACAAGUACUCAGAUCAGUGACACAGGAAAAUACACUUGUGUGGCAGUGAAUGCUGCAGGAGAACAGCAAAGGGACUUUACGCUCAGAGUUCAUGUUCCACCCAAUAUUGUUGGAGAAGAACAGAAUGUGUCUGUCAUCAUUAACCAGGCUGUACUGCUGCAGUGUCAGAGCAAUGCCAUUCCCCCUCCUACUCUCCAGUGGCUGAAAGACAGUCGACCUCUGAUUAAGAAGCCAGGACUCACAGUCUCAGAAGAUGGAAGCACAUUGAAGAUUGAAGCAGCUCAGGUCCAGGACAUGGGUCGCUACACAUGCGAAGCCACAAAUGUGGCUGGUAAAGUGGAAAAGAACUACAACCUUAAUGUGUGGGUUCCUCCAACUAUUCAUGGAUCCGAAGACAUUUCCCAAUCCACAGUGAUCGAGGGGAGUCUUGUGAGUAUGAUCUGUGAUUCCAGUGGGAUUCCACCUCCAAGUCUCACUUGGAAAAAGAAUGGGUUUCCUUUAGUGACCGACAGGAAAGGAAGAGUUCGGAUGCUUUCUGGAGGAAGACAGCUGCAAAUCUCCAGUGCAGAAAAAUCUGAUACUGGUUCCUACACUUGCAUGGCUUCCAACAUUGCUGGGAACACCAUGAAAGACUACAGCCUACAAGUGUAUGUGCGACCCAUAAUCAGUAACAGUGGUCAUCAUCCAACAGAGGUCACUGUGAUCAAAGGCAAUGAUGUCACUUUAGAGUGUCAAGCAGAAGGAAUUCCCAAGCCAGCCUUAAAUUGGUUGAAGGAUGGAAGUCCUCUGAUUAACCGAAGAGGGAUUGUGGUUUUAAAUGAAGGUCGCCUCUUGCAGAUAAAGAAAGCACAGGUGUCGGAUACAGGACGGUUUGUCUGCAUGGCAGUAAAUGCAGCAGGACAGGCUGACAGGAAGUUUGACUUGAAUGUGCAUGUUCCACCGAGUAUAAUUGGUGAUAACCUUGGAGUGCUUAUGAACAUCAGUGUAGUGGUGAAGAAUCCUGUUGUCCUGACUUGUGAAGCUUCUGGAAUCCCACUGCCCAUUAUAACAUGGCUUAAGGAUGGACAGCCCAUCAGUCUCAGUAAUGCAGUUAGGCUAUUUUCAGGUGGUCGAACAUUACGGCUGAUGCAUGCUGCCACAGAUGAUGCUGGGAGAUAUACUUGUGUUGUGACAAAUUUAGCAGGAGAAGAGAGGAAGAAUUUUAACCUUGAUGUACUAGUGCCUCCACGUAUUUUGGGUGACAACAAGCCUGAAGAUGUUAGAGUGAAGGAAAAGCACAAUGUUACACUAACUUGUGAAGCUACAGGCAGUCCAGUCCCAACAAUCACUUGGAUGAAGGAUGACCAGCCUCUCUCCAAGGACACAGAGCACAAUAUUCUGUCUGGUGGGCGUUUUUUGGAACUCUUCAAUACUCAUGUAGCUGACACAGGAAGAUAUACCUGUAUAGCAUCCAACACAGCUGGGGACAGAAGUCAGAGCUUCAACUUAAACGUACUGGUGUCACCAACCAUUGCUGGGACAGACAAUAAUGGCACUCCUGAAGAGGUUAUUGUGAUUCUGAAUAGCCCUACUUCCUUGGUUUGUGAGGCACAGUCCUAUCCUCCUGCCACCAUCACCUGGCUUAAAGAUGGAGCACAGUUUGAAUCGAACCGAAACGUGCGAAUUCUUCCAGGAGGGAGAACUCUACAGAUUCUAAAUGCCCAAGAAGACGCUGCUGGCAGAUAUACGUGUGUAGCCACAAAUGAAGCUGGAGAAACACUCAAGAAUUAUGAAGUGAAAGUUUUUAUUCCACCCACAAUCAUCAGAGAUGAUGUCUUAGGUGGAGGCAUGUUUCCCAAGGAGGUGAAGAUCAAAGUGAACAACAGCAUAACUCUGGAGUGUGAGACUCAUUCUAUUCCAGCUGCCACACUCCGAUGGUACAAAGAUGGCCAACCCUUGGAAAUGGACACACGCAUAACUGUGACAGCCAACAGUCGAAUCCUCCAGAUAAAAGCAGCCCAAGUCUCUGACACUGGAAGGUAUACUUGUGUAGCUACUAAUAUAGCAGGAGAAGAUGAAAUGGACUUUGAUGUCAAUAUUCAGGUCCCACCCAGUUUCCAGAAGUCAAUUGGCAUUAUGGAAAAUGGCAAUAGUACUACAGCUGGCGAUGGUGAGAUCACAAAUGUCAUUCUCAACAACCCCAUAUCUCUUUACUGUGAAACUAAUGCAGUGCCACCACCUACAUUAAGCUGGUACAAGGAUGGCAAUCCACUGACCUCUAGUGACAGAGUUCUCUUACUACCAGGUGGCCGUGUGCUCCAGAUCCCCAGAGCCCAGGCAGAGGAUGCUGGCAGGUAUAUGUGUGUGGCUAUAAAUGAAGCUGGGGAAGACUCCCUGCAGUACGAAGUCAGAGUUUUCUUGCCACCAUCAAUCAAGGGAGCAGACAGUGAUUUGCCAGAAGAGGUUACAGUGUUGGCUAAUAAAACUGCAACACUAGAGUGUAUGGUAACUGGCAAUCCCACACCUAAAAUAUUUUGGUUAAAGGACGGGCGACCUCUGACAGAAGAUGGAAUUUAUAAAGUACUGUCCAGUGGCAGAACACUGCAGGUACUUAAUGCUCAGGUGACAGACACAGGCAGAUAUGUCUGUGUGGCAGAGAACAUAGCUGGAAGUGCAAAGAAAUACUUCAACUUCAAUGUCCAUGUACCCCCCAUGAUUGUGGGUUUAAAUCCUGACAAUGUGACCGUUGUGGUUAACAACUUCAUCACUCUUAACUGUGAAGCUACAGGUUUCCCACCACCAGCCCUUAGUUGGCUGAAGGAUGACCAUUCUGUUCUCUUAAACAAAAAUUUCAUGAUAAUGCCAGGAGGACGUACUUUACAGAUCUCCCGUGCCAAGUUGUUUGAUGGUGGGAAAUACACUUGUGUAGCUAUGAACCAGGCUGGAGAGAGCAAAAAACAGAUCUUCCUCACUAUUUAUGUCCCUCCAAGUAUUAAGGACUACAGUGGUGAUUCUCCAGUAGUGGUAACUGUACAUAUUGGGAAUUCUGUAACUCUGGAAUGUGAGUCAAAUGCUGUGCCUCAACCCGUUAUCUCAUGGUAUAAGAACAGAAGAAUGGUCAUGGAGUCUGCAAAUGUGAAGAUACUAGCUGAUGGACAAAAACUGGAAAUAAAGAAUGCUGAGGUUUCUGAUACCGGCCAGUACUCUUGUAAGGCCAUAAAUGUUGCUGGACAGAUUGAUAAGAACUUCCAUGUUAAUGUGUACGUACCUCCUAGUAUUGAAGGGCCUGCAGAAGAGAAAGUCUAUGAAAUCAUUAGCAAUCCUGUUACCUUUGCAUGUGAUGCCACAGGUAUCCCUACACCAAUGUUAACAUGGCUGAAGAAUGGACGUCCAAUAAGAAACUCAGAAUCACUAGAAAUGCAUGUCCUCUCUGGAGGCAGCAAACUGCAAAUUGUACGUUCCCAGUUGUCGGACAGUGGGACUUACACCUGCAUUGCAUCCAAUGUCGAGGGAAAAGCUAAAAAAAAUUACAUUCUCACAGUUCAAGUUCCACCCAGCAUUGCAGGCUCAGAAAUGUCCAGUGAAGUUAGUGCUCUGCUGGGUGAAAAUGUUCAACUGAUUUGUGAAACUGAAGGAAACCCACAACCCACAGUACAGUGGCUGAAAGGUGGCAUCUCUGUCAAUGAAGCUGAUCCCCAAAGGAUAAGAGUGACUCCUGAUGGUCGUAUUCUGAAUAUCUAUGGUGUGUUAACAAAUGACAGUGAGAAAUACACUUGUGUGGCCACUAAUCCUGCUGGAGAAGAGGAUCGCAUUUUCAAUCUUAAUGUAUAUGUGCCUCCAAAAAUUGAAAACAACAACAAAGAUCCCGAGGAACUGAGCACCAUACAGGAGAACUCCAUUAACAUUGAAUGCACUGCUUCUGGCACUCCACCACCACAGCUGAACUGGCUAAAAAAUGGCCUUCCCCUCCCCAUCUCAUCUCAUAUCCGGCUGCUAUCUGCUGGACAGAUUCUGAGAAUCGUGAGGACGCAGGUGUCAGAUGCAGGUACCUACACCUGUGUGGCAUCAAAUCGAGCUGGGUUAGACAGUAAAUAUUACAACCUUCAAGUGUCUGUGCCACCAAGCAUGGAGAAUGCAGGAGAAACAGAAGACAUAACUGUAGUGAAAGGAAACCAUGCCUUGUUGACAUGUAUCACAGAUGGCACCCCAGUCCCAAACUUAUCAUGGCUGAAGGAAGGACAGGCCUUAGUGCUCCGUAAUCAUAUUACAGUCAGUAACCAGGGAAUGGCUCUUCAGAUUUCUGGAACAGAGGUUCAGGACACCGGCAUGUAUACUUGUGCAGCUACAAAUGCAGCAGGAGAGGCCAGCAAACACUUCAGCCUGAAGGUAUUAGAUCCUCCCAAGAUAAAUGGUUCUGAGAUAUCUGAAGAAAUCUCAGUGGUUGUCAACAACCAUUUGGAGUUGCUGUGUGUUGUUACUGGUAUUCCACCUCCAAAGCUCACCUGGAUGAAGGAUGGCCGACCACUGCCCCAGAUGGACCAUGUUCAUGCCCUUCAAGGAAGUGAAGUGCUCCGAAUAGCAAAUGCACAGGUUGAGGACACAGGCAGAUAUACAUGUUUAGCAUCCAGCCCAGCAGGUGAUGAUGACAAAGAAUAUUUUGUAAGGGUGCAUGUUCCCCCUAACAUUGCUGGGAAGAGUGGUCCUCAGGAUGUAGCUGUACUUCAGAAUGGACAGGUCAUACUGGAAUGUAAGUCAGAUGCAGUACCACCACCGACACUCACAUGGCUUAAAGAAGGGGUGCCAUUAAAGGCUACACCUCGAAUCCGUAUCUUAGCAAGUGGACGCUACCUGCAAAUUAACAAUGCAGAUUUAGUGGAUGGAGCAAACUAUACAUGUGUUGCAAGCAACAUUGCAGGCAAAACUACACGAGAGUUCAGUCUUGCAGUGCAUGUCCCUCCUGUCAUAGAAGAUGGUCCCCAUACAGCUACUGUUCAUGUUGGUAUGUCUGUCAGCCUGGCAUGUAUUGCUAAGGGACAGCCAACACCAAGAAUCACUUGGAGGAAAGAUGGUGCCAUUCUUGUUGGAAACAGUAAGAGGUACACUAUCACUGAGGAUGGCUUUUUACAUAUACAUUCAGCUCAAGUUACAGACACUGGGAGAUAUUUGUGCAUGGCUACCAGCCCAGCAGGAAGUGACCGCAAGCAAACUGAUCUGCAGGUGUACGUUCCUCCCUACAUCGCUGCUGGACCAUCCAAUGUCACGGUUGUUAUAAAUGUUCAAACUACAUUAUCGUGUGAAGCAACAGGUAUCCCUAAACCAACAGUCACCUGGAAGAAAAAUGGGAAGCCUCUGAACACUGAUACAAAUCAAAAUAUGUACAGGCUUCUGUCUUCAGGUUCCUUGAUCAUCAUUUCUCCCACUGUCGAUGAUACUGCAGUGUAUGAGUGCAUUGUAACUAGUGAUGCUGGUAUGGCUCAGAAGAAGAUUGAGUUCCGUGUACUAGUCCCACCUUCUAUUGCUGAUGAGACCACAGAUCUGCUGGUAACAAAGCUGUCUCCUGCUGUAGUAACAUGUACUGCUGCUGGUGUCCCUAAACCUACUAUCAGCUGGAUGAAGGAUGGACGUCAGCUUCUUCCUAAGGGAGAAGAUUACAUCAUCCAGCCAACAGGAGCUAUUGAAAUUAAUGAAGCCCAGCUAAGCCAUGCUGGAAAAUAUACCUGUACAGCUCAAAAUGAAGCAGGAUCUGCACUUCGAGAUGUCACCCUCAACAUUCAAGAAUCUCCCGUGAUUCAUGCUCAACCAAGUGUUUUGGAUGUAAUUCUUAACAAUCCUGUUAUAUUACCAUGUGAAGCUACAGGAACUCCCAUACCCACAAUUACCUGGCAGAAAGAAGGCGUCAAUGUUAUCACAACAGAGGAUGGAUUCACAGUACUCCCUAAAGGUAGUCUGCAGAUUGGACGAGCUAGAGCUAAGGAUGCUGGGACAUACAUCUGUGUUGCACAGAAUCCAUCUGGUACUGCCUUAGGCAAGAUUAAGCUUAGGGUUCAAGUUCCCCCACUGAUCAGAUCACACCCUGAAGAGUAUGUGGUUGAUGUUGACAAAUCUGUCACAAUGGUAUGUGAGGCAGAAGGGCACCCUUCCCCUGAUAUCACAUGGCAGAAAGAUGGUCACCAGCUCACUGAAUCUUUGAGAGUAAGAAUGCUGAGCACAGGGGCUUUGCAGAUAUCAUUUAUCGAACCUGGAGACACGGGACGCUAUACAUGUACAGCAGUGAAUGUAGCAGGAUCUUCCAGCUCAGAUGUAACCCUUACAGUUCACAUCCCACCAACAAUUCGAAGUUCAGAGGCUGAAUAUACAGUGUUUGAAGAUUCACAGGCUGUCCUGCCUUGCGUUGCAGAUGGAAUUCCGCCACCAUACAUACACUGGGAGAAGGAUGGAUCGAAUGUAUUGGACACUAGUGGAAAAUACAGCCUUCUGCAUUCCGGGGAAUUGGUCCUGGACAAUGUUGCUUUAGAAGACACUGGUAGCUAUGUUUGUAUUGCCAUAAAUGCUGUUGGCCAAGAUCAAAAGACAGUUAAUCUGACAGUCCACAUCUUCCCAGAAUUCACAGUAAUACCAGAAGACAUAUCCUUAAAUAAAGGUGACCAACUAGUGCUGACUUGUGGAGCAUCUGGGAUCCCCACACCAACAAUCACCUGGACAUUUAAUAACAACAUUAUACCUGCACAGUAUGAUAGUGUGAAUGGACACAGUGAACUUGUCCUUCAUCGAGUGACCAAGGAUGACUCUGGUACCUACAUCUGCACAGCUGAAAAUGUAGUGGGUUCAAUUAGAGCUGUUGGAUCUGUUUAUGUGAAGGAACCUCCAAUUUUUGAUGGUGACAUUAACUCAAAUCGUAUUGAAUCCUUGGGAGCUAAUGCUGUUCUGAACUGUGAGGUCAGAGGAGAUCCACCCCCUGAAAUUCAGUGGAGUAAAAAUGGAAUUAACAUUCAAAUCAGCAACCGAAUCCGCCAACUGAGUAACGGCUCCCUUGCUAUCUAUGGCACAGUGAAUGAAGAUGCUGGGAAGUAUAAAUGUAUUGCAACAAAUGAUGCUGGUGCUGUGGAGCGAGUCGUUACACUAACGCUGCAGAGUCCCCCAACAGUUACUGUUGAUCCUGUUGAAAGUACAGUCAGUGCUGGUAGUGCAGUCCUACUUAACUGUGUCGCAGAUGGAGAGCCACCUCCGACUGUUGAGUGGUCUCGCCAUGGUCGUCUCCUGCGUGGCAGUGACAAAAUAACUAUCUUAGCUAACAACUCUCUACACAUGAUUGCUGCACAGAAAGAAGACACUGCUGAGUAUGUGUGUGUGGCCCGGAAUUUGAUGGGAUCCAUACUGGUUAGAGUACCACUCACUGUACAAGUGCAUGGUGGAUACUCUGAAUGGCUGCAUUGGGGACCCUGUAGUGUCAGCUGCGGACAGGGGGUCCAGAAGAGGAUCCGUCAGUGUAAUAACCCUGUACCUGCUAAUGGAGGAAGACCCUGUCAGGGACCUGACUCAGAUGUACAGUUCUGUCAAAACAAACCAUGCCCAGUGGAUGGACUCUGGUCUGAAUGGGGUCCUUGGGAUGAUUGCUCUCGUACAUGUGGAAAAGGCAACAGAACAAGGAUUCGAUCUUGCAGUAAUCCACCAGCACAAUAUGGUGGCAGACCCUGUGAAGGAAGAGCUGUGGAGGCCAUUAUGUGCAAUAGUAGACCUUGUCCAGUGAAUGGCAACUGGGGAACUUGGCUACCAUGGGGUCAAUGCAGUGAGACUUGUGGUAAAGGCACUCAUUCCAGACUACGGCUGUGCAACAAUCCUCCACCUGCAUUUGAUGGGGCAUUUUGUGAAGGAUCUGACACACAGAUACAAGUUUGCAAUGAGAGACACUGUCCAGUGGAUGGCAAGUGGAGCAUAUGGGUCAGCUGGACUUCUUGCAGCAUGUCUUGUGGAGGUGGCACUAGACAGCGAAUAAGGACAUGCUCAGAACCAGCACCGCAGUAUGGAGGCCAUCAGUGUGAGGGCAGUGAUGUUCAGAUUGACUUCUGUAACAGUGACCUCUGCCCAAUACAUGGAAACUGGGGACCCUGGAGCAGUUGGGGAGGCUGCAGCAGAUCGUGUAAUGGUGGUCAGAUGCGUCGCUAUCGGACCUGUGACAACCCUCGUCCUGUGAGCGGAGGCAGAGCCUGUGCAGGAGCUGAUACACAAAUCCAGAGGUGCAACACAGAAAUAUGCCCAGUGGAUGGCAGUUGGGGUCCAUGGCAAGCAUGGAGUGAAUGCUCAGCUUCAUGUGGUGGAGGAGAAAAGAUGCGCGUUCGUCUUUGUAACAAUCCAUCCCCAAUAAAUGGUGGCCGAUCCUGUCCUGGUGAUGCAUCACAGGUAGCCAGGUGUUUCCAAGCAUGCCCAGGUGGACCUCACCACGCAAAAGGCAGUGUGAUUGGAAAUAUAAAUGAUGUUGAGUUUGGUGCUGCUUUGCUGAAUGCAACUGUAACUGAAAGUAGAGACUCAGAUGCCAUGAUUAUAAAAGCAAAAAUCAGCAACAUUCCCAGGAAUAUCGGCCCAGCAAUGAAGAAACUUAUCUCUAUCUUGAAUCCUAUUUAUUGGACAACUGCAAAACAAAUUGGUGAAGCAGUGAAUGGCUACACUCUAACUAACGGAAUAUUCAAGCGGGAGACACAAGUCGAAUUUGCAACAGGUGAAAUCCUAAGAAUGACUCACAUUUCCCAUGGUCUGGAUUCUGAUGGUAGAUUAUUGGUGGACAUUGUGAUAAAUGGAUAUGUGCUUCAGCUCCUUUCUUCUGCAGAUGUCACUAUAAAGGACUACACUGAAGACUAUGUCCAGACAGGCCCAGGACAGCUUCAUGCAUACUCAACCAGGAUGUUUACUGUUGAUGGAGUCAGUGUUCCUUAUUCUUGGAACCAUACCAUCACAUAUGAUGACAUGCGAGGAAAAAUGCCAUUUCUAGUCGAGACUCUCCAUGCAUCUUCCAUCGAGGUGGAGUAUAACCCACUAGAAGAAACUUUGGAUUUUGCAAUUCAUGUUACUAUUGCCAAAGGUGAUCGCAGUAACCAGUGUCCUAAAGGAUUUUAUCUGGAUUCAUUGGGCCCAUACUGUACAGAUGAAGAUGAAUGUGCAAUUGUCAACCCGUGCUCUCACACCUGUCAUAAUGCUAUGGGAAGUUACUUUUGCUCCUGUCCAAAGGGCUUCAUUAUCUCAGCAGAUGGAAGAACUUGCCAAGAUAUUGAUGAAUGUGCUUUGGGCGGGCACACCUGUCAUGCUGGGCAAGACUGUGAGAAUAACAUUGGGUCCUACCGUUGUGUGGUUCGCUGUGGCAUUGGUUUCAAGAGAACGCCUGAUGGACUGAGUUGUCAAGAUAUAAAUGAGUGCCAGGAGUCAAAUCACUGUCACCAGCGUUGUAUCAACACCGUUGGAAGUUUUCGAUGUGGAUGUAACCCUGGCUUCCAGCUAAAAGGAUGGAGAUGCUUUGAUAUAAAUGAAUGUAGACAAAAUGUCUGCCGAUUGGAUCAACAGUGUAAGAAUACACGUGGUGGAUACAAGUGCAUUGACCUGUGUCCAAGUGGAAUGACAAAAGCUGAAAAUGGAUCAUGUAUUGAUGUCAAUGAAUGCAAGGAUGGAACCCAUCAAUGUCGAUAUAACCAGAUCUGUGAAAAUACUCAUGGUAGCUAUCGUUGUGUGUGCCCAAGAAGAGGUUACCGUUCCCAGGGUGUUGGGAAACCCUGCAUAGACAUUGACGAGUGUGGAGAAGUACCUAAGCCUUGUGCCUAUCGGUGCAUCAACAGCCCUGGCAGCUUCAAGUGUCUCUGUCCACCUGGACAGCACUUAUUAGGCGAUGGAAAGUCUUGUGCUGGACUGGAGCGAUUGCCUGGUUAUGAAAGUUAUUAUAGUGGUUAUAGUAACCAAGGCCAGUUAUCCCAUCUGAGAAGCCACUAUCAACCACAUCAUCAUUACAGACUGUCCUCCCAGGUACACAGCAGCUACUCAGGCUCUUCUAGCAGCCAAUCAGUGUACAACAGAAACAAGAGGAAUGCUAAAACAGUUUGCUCUGAUGGAUCUGCGGCAAAGAAUGGAAGAUGCAUAGAUAUCAAUGAAUGUGAACUGAAAGAUGCCUGCCAGCAUGAAUGUAGAAAUUUACCGGGAAGUUAUCAGUGUCUUUGUCCCAGUGGUUAUCGCCUUAUGCCUAAUGGUAUAGCAUGCCAAGAUAUCGAUGAGUGCACUGAGCAGAAUAUUAAUUGUGGAACAAAUCGAAUGUGUUUCAACAUGAGAGGCAGUUUCCAAUGCAUAGAUACACCUUGCCCACCCAACUACCAGCGGGAUCCUGGCACUGGGUUUUGCCUGAAGAAUUGCCCAACUAAUGAUCUGGAGUGUGCUCUUAGUCCAUUUGCACUGGAAUAUAAAUCAGUUUCUUUGCCAUUUGGAAUUGCAGCAAAUCAGGAUCUAAUCCGACUGGUUGCAUAUACACAAGAUGGAGUGAUGCAUCCAAGAACAACUUUCUUUAUGGUCGAUGAAGAUCCAGCAAUACCUUUUGCCAUCAGGGAUGAAAAUCUUAAAGGGGUUGUAUUCACAAAAAGGCCUCUGCGUGAGCAACAGACUUACCGAAUGAAAGUUCGAGCACUGUCCCACAGUGCACAAGGAAGCAUUGAGUAUCAGACUACUUUUAUUGUUUAUAUUGCAGUGUCUGCAUACCCAUACUAAAUGCACUUCUGAAGAGAACAGCAUAUCUUAAUUACUUAUGUAGAUACUUGUGGAGAGAAGUACCUCUAAACAUGUACCAUGCUGCCACUUGCUAGUGGUAACUGUCCGUGAAUGUAGACAUUGAAUUGUUUCAGGUGACAUUCUGUGCACAUGGUAAACCUUUAAACACUAUUGCUAUUUAUUCUUUUUGAGCAGCCAUUUUCUAUGUUAGGAAAUGGAGCAAAAAGUGUUCAGGUGACUUGUUUUUUUUAAAUAGUGUAUUUUGUAUUAUUCUGUAUUAUAUAUGCGUGUGUUUUAAGCCAAAGAUGUCACAGAACCACAGUAUUUCCUAAAUCAGGUACCAUUUUCACCAUGCAAGAACAUUUGGCAUAGAGUGCUUCAGUUUACAGAAGUGGUAUGCAGAAUCAUUUAAUUUCUCAAUUUAAAGAAAAUAAAAGCCUCUAUGUACUGUCAUCUUAGAUGUUUGUUUUAAAGCAACCAGCAGAUUUACCUUUACUGCAUGAUUCUGUUAUCUAAUUUCAUAUUUUUAGACAUUUUAGACAGGGGACCAGCAGUGUCUUUGUUUACUACAACCUAUAAGUAUAUACAUAUACUAUUUUUUAAAUUAUGUGUGUGGUCUGUAUAUAUGAAACCAAAAGGAGAGAAUUUAUGCACAACUGUAGAGGCAGAAUAAUUCUUCAGUGAAUCAGUCUGCAGCUGUUCAUAGCAUUUUCUUUUGGUUGUAAGUGUUUUCAUUAAGACUUGAUU